AUGGAUCAGGGAUUCGACAUGACGGCCAGCAUGCACGCGGACGUGCUUCGCAUGUGCAAGGGCGAUAAGGAGAAGGCCAGACAGAUGGUCUCGGGUCUGCAGGGCCAGAUGGAGGAGGAGAAGCGCAGGUCCCAGCAGCGGAAGAUUGAUGAGCUCUCCCCCAAUUUCCCCAGCAUCGAUCGCCAUGCCCUCGUAAAGAUUCUCAGCGACAACGACUGGGAUGUGGAGAAGGCCAUUCUGCCCUGCUUCGAGUUCCAGGAGAAGGAGAGGGAGGCCCAACGACAAAAGGAGCGCGAAGAGCAGAACAAGAAGAGGGAAGAGGAACGUCGUGCCAGGCAGGCCGAGGCGCGCCAGCAAGCGAAGACCUUCCUGGUGCAGCUGUUCUCGAACGUGCCCGAGGACAAGAUCCAGGCCAUGCUCGAGGAGAACGAGGGUGACGUCGACCUCACCACCGACCAACUCAUCAGCAUGAAGGCCGAGGAAGAGGAGAAGCAGGAGCAGUUGCAGAAGAGGCGCAAGGAGGAGGAAGAGCAACUCAAGCGACAGGCCGAACUCGAGAAGCAGCUCAAGAUCGACACCCUUGUGCAAAGGUUCGGGGACUACUGCAACCCGAACGAGAUCGUGAACAUCCUCUCCAAGCACAACUGGGACGUCAAGGUCGCAAGCAAUGACGUGUUGCGACUUGUCGAGGAGCGUAAGCUCGAGCAGCUCAAGCGCGUCCACACGACUCUGGACGAAGUGGUCAUCAGGGAGGCGCUCUACAAGAACGACUGGAACCUGAUCGACACGAUGAAGCAGCUGCGCCUCAUGGCGGCCGAGCAAAAGGCCCAGCAGGCGCAGAAGGAGGAGGAGGAGCGCCGCAGGAAGGCGCAGGAGGAACUGGAGAAGGCCAAACAAACCGCCGAGGAGGAGGCCAAGGCUCGCGCCGAGGCCAAGGCACGCGAGGAAGCCAAAGCCGCCGCCGCGGAGGAGAAGAAGAAGGCUGCCGACAAAGCGGCUAAGGAGGCCGCAGACAACAUGUUCCUCGAGCGCUCGGUCAUCAUCGGCAAGGAACUGGACGAAAUCAUCCAGGCUCAGCGCAAGAUUGCCGAGCACGAGGCCGACCCGCUGACGCACAUCAAGCAGCAGCUCGAGGAGAAGCUCAAGUUCGGCCCCGAGAACCUGCCCGGCAUUCCCGGCAUGGUCCCGCCCACUCGCAAGGUGAUCGACGAGCUCCUCGGCAAGGAGAGCCCCGUUCCCGUCACGCCCGAGAAGCCCGAGCAGGAAGACCUGCCCGAGAAGGUCAAGGUCCUCCCCACCGGCAUGGAGUUCACCGAAGUGGACACGACCGCCGUAGAUUCGAAGACGACCCUCAAGGCCUCGCCCGAGUCGCUCGAUAUCAGGCACCCCAUCACCGUCGAGUGGGAGAUGGAGACUGCGCCCUCGAGCUCGGAUUGGAUUGGUCUCUACAAGGUGGGCAGCGAUAACGGCAGCUACGCCAUCUACAACUGGAUCAGCCCGGUGGCCCAGAAGGGCGCCAUGACCUUCACGCCCACCGAGUUUGGCGAGUACGAGCUCCGCUACUUCGCCUCGAGCUCCUCGUUCUUCUCGCGCCAGUACUCUGUCAAGGCCGUCUCCAACCCUAUCCGAGUCGGACCUCAGCUCAAGCUGGUCCCCUCGUGGGACGCCGCGACUAACAUGCUGUCGGUCAAGUUCGAGCAGAAGUCGGGCAACCAGUACCUCAACGCCUGGGUGGGCCUCUACGCCAAGACCGAGAAGGACAACAGCCAGUACCGCGCCUUUGACUGGCUCUCGAACGCGGUCGACCACACGCUUAAGUUCGCCUGCCCCAAGGCCGGCGAGUGGGAGUUCCGCUUCUUCCCGCAGCGGUCCUACGUCGACGUCGCGCGCGAGAGCGUAACCGUCGGCGGCACCGAUCGCGUCGAGCUGUCGCUCGUGGAUGGUCAGAUGAUCGUCAAGACCGAGCUCACCACCGUCGAUCCCGCCUACGACAACGUGUGGGUUGGCAUCUACAAGACUGAUGAGACCAACAACAGGCAGUACAGGAAGUACAAGUAUGUGAGCCAGGCCACGGGCACGAUCACGUUCCGGGCGUGUACGACGCCGUCGACCUACGAGGCGCGCAUCUUUGCCAACAAGGGCCUCGAGGUCGUGAGCAGGAGCAACACCAUCGUCGUCCCGCCCAAGCAGCAGUAA